AUGGAAAUUUGGGGCUCAGGAUCUAAUAUUUUUAAUCAAUUAACAAAACACAAACAAUCUCAUUUAUUUGAAUUGACAUUCAUCAAUCGUGUUGAGGAAGGAAAUAUUCAUGUUGUAUGGAUAGGGUGGUCCGAAAUAUUAUAUUCUAUCAAUGGAGCCUUAAAGCUUGUUGGUUUUAGGGGGAAUAAUACAGAUAUUCAUUUUCCAGAAUCAAUUCUUUGUGCAUUCGGAACCAUUGAACUUUCAGGAUUCGUUGAUAAUGAAUUUAAUUUAAAAGAUAUUAAAGGAAAUAUUUUACAAACAGGCAUUGGAAUGAUAGUAGAAGCAGGGAAUGGUCAACUUGUGGGGACAGAUUUUAACUAUAAAAAACUAAUAUUCUUUAAUAAUAAUAAAAACGAAGAAUUUUGCAUUACCAACAUUCUUUCUUUAAAAUUAGGGAAUGAGAAUUCUAAAAUACUUCAGAUAUGUGCAGGUGCUUCUCAUUUUGCUUUACUAUCGUCAGAUGGAGAGGUCUAUACAUGGGGAGGAAAUCUUUAUGGACAACUUGGGAGAGAAAUAGACAAUGAUAUCGAUUCUGGUUCUAUUCCAACAAUCGUUAGUGCUUUACAAGGCCUUAAAAUUCAAAAAAUUGCAGCAAACGGCUGGAUAACGGGCGUACAGAGUAUAGAUGGGGAUAUAUAUAUAUGCGGUUGGCUAAGAUUAGGAAAGAUAGAAAAUACAUCAAAUGACAGAUCAGAAUUUAAUCUAAUAGAUUUCGGAGAAGAUAUUAAUGUACUAGACUUUGGAAUAGGAUCCGAACAUAUUGUUGUUCUAACAACAAAUGGAAUAUAUUCAGUAGGUAAAGAAGGUGGAAACUGUCUAUCAUAUUCAACUUUAUCAUGGGUUCAUGUUCCAAAACUAUCUUGUAAAAAGAUAAGACGAGUUUUUUGUGGCCAGUGGAAUACAUUAUUAAUAACCCACGAUGAAGAAAAUUCAUUCAAAUAA